AAAGAGAGAACGAAAGGGGGAACGGCGGCAGAGACAGACGGAGAGAGAGACAGAGAGAGGGAGAGAUAGAAGAGGGUUAGGACAGGAUAAGUUGUUUCAAUGAGCACCACCUCUUUCCCCGUGCGCAAUCCUGAUAUUCUUUUGUCUCACAAAGGCGAAACCGUGGAGCCCUACUAUCAGGAGACACUGCUGCACUACACGCCAUACAGGGGCCACCUUCCCACGAUGCAGCGGGAUGAGCUCGCCGGCAGGGAGGAGUUCGGCUACGACCGUGUGGCCACGCUGGAGAGAGCCGAGCGCGUGGCCACCCUGGAGCGGAGCACGCUGGGACGGCGCCUGGACAGGGACAACUACACGGUGGACGUGAGGGCCAGCGACCUGCACCUGACUCCGGCCCCGCGCGUCCACCCCUGCCUCAGCUACCGGACCUGGCUCUACAGCGCCCUCAUCGGGAGCAGUCUGCUGAUCACCACAGGCUUCUCCCUCUACCUGGGGAAUGUGUUCCCUGUGGCCAUGGACUACCUGCGCUGUGCUGCUGGCUCUGGCAUCCCAGCAGCCAUUGUUAGUUUCGCCAUUGCCAAAAACAGACAUGUUGCAGUGUCAGAUUUCCAGGUGAUGUUCGUGUCCUCAUUUGCCGUGACGACCACCUGCCUGGUCUGGUUCGGCUGUAAACUGGUCCUCAGCCCCUCCGCUCUCAAUAUCAACUUUAACCUCAUCCUGCUCAUCCUCCUGGAGGUGCUGCUGGCCAGCACUGUCAUCCUGUCCGCACGCUCAGCCGAAGACUGCUGCAGCCGCUCAAAGAUGGGGUAUGAUCCACCAACAAAGCCUGUCAAGUUUCCCACACGUAUCCUGAAGGCCUACUCUGUCAUUGAGGUCAUAGUGGGGAUCUCGGCCGUGUUCGGGGGCAUCAUCGCUCUGAACAUGGACGCCCUCAUGCCGGGACCUUACUUGUCAGUCACCUUCUUCUGGAUCCUGGUGGCUUGUUUCCCCAGUGCCAUAGCCAGUCACGUGGCAGCGGAAUAUCCCAACAAGUGUCUCGUGGAGGUGUUGAUUGCCAUCAGCAGUGUGACUUCUCCUCUGCUCUUCUCUGCCUCUGGCUACCUGUCCAGCAGUGUGAUUAGUGUCUUCCAGAUCUUCCAGCAAGAAGUGCCCGUUUCUAAACAGUCCUAUGACAUCCUCCUGCUGAUCCUGCUGGUGCUGCUGCUGGUCCAGGCGGUUCUGACCGUGUCCACAGUGGUGCACUGUGCCUCCUACAAGAGCUCCAUCCGCAAGGGGGCCCCUGAGUGGGACUCCCUCUCUCUCAUUCAUUGUUUCCGUCUCAUCUGUUCUUUCUCACAGCAUCAGGCAUCCAACGGAAGUUUGAGGGAGUUUGAUAAAGACAAGGCUUGGAAGGCAGUAGUGGUGCAGAUGGCCCAGUGAGAAGAGAGGAGAGAAGGACAGCAAGUGUCUUUACUAAAUGAGUGAGUGAGUGAGUGAGUGAGUGAGUGAGUG